AUGAGUGAAGCAUUCACCUCGGUACGCUCUCCCCACCGCCGCAGCUGCCUCCUCUGUCGCUCUCGGAAGAUCAAAUGUGACCGACAGCAACCAUGUGCGGCCUGCGUUCGGGCUACCUCCACCUGCGUCUAUCCCGGUGGGACGGGGCGCGCCCCUAAGCGGCCGCAGCAAUCUGCCAGCAACUCGGCGGUGCUGGCUAGACUAGACCGGCUGGAGGGUAUCAUUCGCCAGCUGGACAGCCAACAAACCGAACAACAGCCACAGCCACAAGCCUUAGAUUCCCAAGGCGACCAGCGGAAUGGCCGUCUCGCCGUUGACAACACCUCCAGUGUCUACGUGAGCAACGUGCUUUGGGCUAGUCUGGGCGAUGAGAUUGAGGAACUGAGGGAUUUGCUACAUGAACGGCCCUUGAAUGACAACGAGGAGGAAACAGAUGAAAAGGAGCCACUCCGCACUAUCGGGAUGAAUGCUGCCAUCAUGGGCUUCAGGUCGAUCGCCCACUCGCUGCGAGUCUACCAUCCGUCGCUCUCUCAGCUGGUCGCUCUGUUCGAGAUUUUCCAGACCAAUGUCGCCCCUGUGGUGAAGAUCUUCCACAUGCCGACCCUCAAGCAGCUCUUCUGGAACGCGGUCGCCUCGCUGGACGCCCUCGAUUGUAACACGGAGGCCCUCCUCUUCGCUAUCUAUUAUGCCGCCAUCAUCAGUAUCGAUCAGAAUCAGUGCCCCCUUGGCCUAUGUCGACCCCAGGCCCUCCAUACCUAUCGCUUUGCCGUUGAGCAGGCCCUCGCCCGCGCCGAUCUGCUGAAUACCCAGAACCUGAUCUUGCUUCAGGCGGCGGCCUUGUUUCUCAGUGCGCUUCGUCACGAAGAUGACUCCCGAACGGUCUGGUCGCUGACGGCCUUAAUUGUGCAUAUUGCACAGGCCAUGGGCCUCCAUCGGGACGGCGCGGCCUUUGACUUGCGGCCCCUCGAGACUGAACUGCGUCGCCGACUAUGGUGGUUCGUUGUCGGCCUCGACCAGCGCUCGUCUGAGUAUCACGGUUACGAGCCGAUUGUCUCCGAGUCGUCCUUUGAUACCCGGCUGCCGUUAAAUAUAAAUGACUUGGAUCUGACCGCGAACACGGUUCAGCCGCCGACCGAGCGUGAGGGUCCUACAGAGAUGACGCUAAGCCUGAUCGCGUGGGAAGCAAUCUCCAUCGUGCGCAGGGUCAGCUUUGUUCCCCCACACGGCCGUCAGGCAAGGUCCACCAGCAGUCCAUCCGUCCCCAAACUGUCAUUGCCCGAACGGGAGGCCCUGGCCGAGCAGCUCCAGACCCGCCUGGAGACCCGGUAUCUGCAGUUCUGCAAUCCUGACGACCCCUUCCUCUUUGUCUCGGCUACUGUGGCAAAGCUGAUCAUCGCCCGCGCCGGUGGACGGCAGUAA